AUGAAUCAUAAAGCGACUGAUCGUAAUGAACUUGUUGAUAUUUGUAAAAAUAAUUACAAAGAUAAUUCACAAGAAAUGAGUAUUAUUGAUGAUUUUGAAAAGAAUUAUACAGCAGAAAGAGCUAUCUGGUAAUACACACAAGAUUCAUGCUUUCAUAGAAUGUUGAAUAAAGCAUUACGUGUACAAGAUUUUAAUAUGUUAUUUACAUUUCGAUUUUUCAUUAAUGAUAUUGUUAAGUUGAUAAAGAAUUGAUAUGAAAAGUUUAUUCAUACUUGUAACAAUCGAAAUAUAAUACAAGUUUAUCGUGGACAAAUAAUUGGAAAUGAUGAAUUUAAUUUGAUGAAGGAUAAUAUUACUGAAUUUCUUUCGAUGAAUUCAUUUUUAUCAACUAGUCGUAAUCGAUUAGUUGCUCUUUAAUUUGCUCGAAAUAUUGCAAAAAUUCGUAAUGAUAUGCAAUCAAUUAUACUUGAAAUUAUAGCACUACCCCCCUAGCAAAAGGUUAUGCACAACCCGAUAUAGUAUUGUUAGGACACAUAUUCAUACAGUUGACUCUGUUCAAUAUUUGAAAAGAGAAUUUUGUUUGAGAUAAAAUUUCAAAGAGUACUUAUAUCAACUUUUAGUCUUUUUAUUCCGUUUCGACAUUAUUAUAGAAUAUGGUGUGUAACCUAUGAAGCUUUUAUCAUAGGCACAUAUCUCUCUUUAUUUAAUCGCAAAAUUUGAGAAAUCAUUAUCUUUCUUUCCCAAGUAAAUUCAUAAAUACAAGCAACAAAUAUUGAUUAUUAUCAGAAUUAUUCUAGAAAAUGUUCUUCAAAAAGAAAAAGAGAAUUGAAU